UCGUCUCAACGACAACAUGCUGCAGAUCGGCGUUAUUGGGGCGGGUGUGAACGGCAUCGCCAGUGCUAUAAAAAUUUUAGAGCAUUUCAAAAAUGUGCUAAAGACGCCCGUACAGGUGACUGUGCUAUCUGAGGAGUUCACGCCCAAUACAACAGGCGACGGCUCGGCCGGUCUGUGGGGGCCUUAUUUACUGGGCGGCACACCGCAGUCGAAGGUUCACCAAUGGUCGAAGGGAAUGCAUUGCUUUCUGCAGGAGAUUUGGUUGAGCGAGGAUGCCGGGGAGGCGGGCGUAUGUCUGCUGCCCUGCGUGCGCUUGACAACUGCUACGAAUACACACGUCGAGGAUUUCUGGCGGGAUAUUGUCUAUGGAGCUGUGGAUCUGACACCCGACCAAUUGGCUGUCUACAAUAAAGAGAGGACAGUGAAAUAUACUUCUGGCCUGUCCUUUAUUACCUAUACAUCGGAGCCAAGAAAGCUGCUGCCCUAUUUGAUGAAGCGUUUUGCACGGGAGGGGGGUCGUGUUGAGCGACGAAAGGUCACCGAUUUGGAGGCCUUUGUGCGCAGCUCGACAUUUGAUGUGAUUGUCAAUUGCACUGGCCUGGGCUCAGAGGAGCUCCUGGGCGAUGGGCAGAUGUAUGCGGUGCGCGGUCAGGUUACGCGGGUCAAGGCCAAUUGGCUAUAUCAGGCGGUGCUGGACGAGAGCGAUGUGGGCAACUACAUAAUACCCAACACCGACACCGUCGUCCUGGGCGGCACACAUCAGGAGCGAGACUACAACACGCAGGUGUGCCCCCAGGAUAAGCAAUUCAUCAUCAAUGGCUGCCGGCAACUCGUGCCGGGCCUGGCAAACGCCCAGCACCUGUUCGACUGGGUGGGCCUGCGACCAGGACGAAGGCAGCUACGCCUCGAGGCCGAGCGCAGAGGCAAUAAGCUGCUAAUACACAACUAUGGACACGGCGGCAGUGGCGUCACCUUGGCCUGGGGCUGUGCGGACGAUGUCCUGCAGCUGCUGUUGUCCAAUCUGGAGCUUAAAUCCAAAUUGUAGGGUUCCGAACAAAUGAAAUUGAAACAAAGCAAAUGUUUGUUUUCUAUAUAAAUAUCCAUAUAUUUGUAUUUAGUAAAUUGUUAAAUAUGUAAUUCCGUAAGGUUUAAUAAAUUCACAUUUAAAAAUACAA